AUGAAGAGUCUGAUUGCAUCAAGACAACCGACGCUUGUGAUUGGCUCAAAGGAAAAUGCGUGCAAAAUUGCGAACCCGUGCCAUUCUGCUGCUUCCGUUUCUUUAUUCUUUAUUUUCCGUGUUCAACAGGCAAGUAAACCCUUGCUGGAAAGACAACGGAGAGCACGCAUAAACCGAAGCCUCGAGGAACUGAAAGGACUCGUUUUGUCUGCCCUGUAUCGUGAUAAUGAUCAAAAUUUCCAAAAGAUGGAAAAAGCUGAAAUUCUGGAGCUGACCGUGAACUUCUUAAAAAUGAUUCGUGAGCAGCAAGUAACAGGUUACUGGACUAAUCAAAGUGAUCCUGAAUCACUCAGUAACUAUCGUGCGGGAUUUAACGAGUGCGCAACCAAAAUGUGCAGCUUCAUGGAAAACCAGAAGAGCGGGGUGGAUUCCAAACUGCGAGAACAAAUGCUGGCGGGAUUGGCGGCAUCUUGUAGCUAUAAUAUGCACACGACUACUCCGGGACACGUGAAGUCUGACAGCCCUGUCAGUUACUCCCCUAGCCCAGCAGUAUACGGUUUACAAGGCACUGGAGAAUCACAUUUCUUCUGUGCUUCAACGCCACCGCCAUCGCCACCCUCGAGCGCAUUUAGCCCGUUUAUCCCUCACGAAGGUACCAUGUUGAAAAAGGCGGGAAACGCUUCCUGCAGCCAUCAUGCAUCAGUGGAAUUUCAGACAAAAUCUGCAGCAAGACACGCAAGCCCCGUGGAAUGCAGCAGUCCUCCACUUUGGAGACCAUGGAUCUCAAACACACAAGACGGGCAAAUCUAACUUGCUCAGCUUAGGGAUUUCCAGUUCCACUCGAAUUUCACUCGAAUAACGGGAUCUUGUCCCAUACACUCCAGUCGGAGAGGAAAGGGGCAAAAGAUCUGCUGCGUGUUAACUUGAAACUGCAGUACAGAGUUAACUGGUCUUUUAAAAUGUCAGUUGUAGGAAGGUUUCCUGCAAAAUAUGCUUGUAUACAAUUUAGGAUUUUUAUAAACAUUUACAACUAAAAGAUUGAUACUUUGAUUUGAGAGUCAUUGAUGAAUUAUUCCCAUAUAUGGGUAGGUUGCUGAUUUGAAUUUUUGUCUGGUGAAAAUUUUAAAAGAGGAUCUUUCAAUCGGGCGGUCUUUGCUGACGUCAUUGUUUUUGUUUUUCUCAUUAGCUGUUGCUCAUUAUGCUAGAUAAGAAUCGAAUUUAAACUUUUAAAGCGCGGUGAAACUUAGUAGUCGGUCAACUUUCUCGAUUCUUCGGGUCUAGUUUUGACGGGGAAAUCAGCUUUAAAAAUCGCAACAUUCCUGGGUGGCUGAGCUGAUUUCUCCUUAAUAUAUAAUUGUGGGUUUUAAAACUCAUUUCGAGCAAGAAAGUGUUUGUCACAUCGGCUUCACAUUUUUAUUGUGGCCCGAGACGGUAGUCGUCAUACCAAAAAGGCAACCAUUGUAAACUGAGUUUGCCCGAUCCCUUGCUGAUAUCUGACUAAUAGGAACCUCUCAGUGGGCACAUGUUCCCUAAUUGAUUAUAACAUUUGAAUUUUUCUUCUUUUUCUUUCCGCAAGAUUUUCUCGCCGAUGGCGAAGAGAUCUUGGCACGUGAUGCUCUAAAAUCCAAAACUAAAGAGACACCGAAGUUUUUAUCCUCAUCAGGCAUAAGGGGUGCUACAUUUAUUUCCGCUCAGUAGCUUGCUUCGUCUGGAAACCAACGCAUUUUGAAUUUCAGAGUGUGUAACAUGGAGCUACGAACGCGU